GAAAAGUCAUCAUUCAUAUCAUGGAUUUUAUAGAUCACAUUGCUUUAUUCUGGAUUUCUUGGUAACAGUACAGGAAGUAUACAUAAUUUCUCAUUUCUGCAAGUAGUUAUGACUGAAGAAAGAAAUUUUUUAAGCUACGGCAGAAUUCAUUGUGGUACCUUUUGUGGAAAUUCUGAUUUUGUUUUUAAUUUUUGAUAACUUUUAGCUAAAGGUAUGAACAAGCAAAGAGCUUAUUUUGUUAGGCAAGUACACAUUUAUAAGGAUGCCUAGAAGAGGACUGAUUUUUCAGACCCGGGCCCACUGGCUGCUGUUGGGCCUUGCUUUGCUCUGCAGUUUGGUAUUAUUUAUGUACCUUCUGGAAUGUGGCCCCCAGACUGAUGGAAAUGAAUCCCUUCCUGGUGUUAUCGGAGAAAGUUAUGGCAAAGAGUAUUAUCAAGCCCUCCUACAGGAGCAAGAAGAACAUUAUCAAACCAGGGCCACCAGUCUGAAACGUCAAAUUGCCCAGCUGAAACAAGAAUUACAAGAAAUGAGUGAGAAGAUGAGAUCAUUGCAAGAGAGAAAGAAUGUGGGGGCUAAUGGCAUAGGCUAUCAAGGCAACAAAGAGCACGCACCUAGUGAUCUUUUAGAGUUUCUUCAUUCCCAAGUUGACAAAGCUGAAGUUAGCAUAGGAGCCAAACUACCCAGUGAGUAUGGGGUUAUUCCCUUUGAGAGCUUUACCUUAAUGAAAGUAUUUCAAUUGGAAAUGGGUCUCACUCGUCAUCCUGAAGAAAAGCCGGUUAGAAAAGACAAACGAGAUGAAUUGGUAGAAGUUAUUGAAGCUGGCUUAGAGGUCAUUAAUAAUCCUGAUGAAGAUGAUGAACAGGAAGAUGAGGAGGGUCCCCUUGGAGAGAAACUGAUAUUUAAUGAAAACGACUUCAUAGAAGGUUAUUAUCGCACCGAGAGAGAUAAGGGCACACAGUAUGAACUCUUUUUUAAGAAAGCGGACCUUAUGGAAUACAGACAUGUGACGCUUUUUCGCCCUUUUGGACCUCUCAUGAAAGUGAAGAGCGAGAUGAUUGAUAUUACUAGAUCAAUUAUUAAUAUCAUUGUGCCACUUGCUGAAAGAACUGAAGCAUUUGCACAGUUUAUGCAGAACUUCAGGGAUGUUUGUAUUCAUCAGGACAAAAGGAUUCAUCUCACAGUCGUGUAUUUUGGUAAAGAAGGACUGUUUAAAGUCAAGUCUAUCCUAGAAUCUGUCACAAGUGAGUCUAAUUUUCACAAUUACACCUUGGUCUCACUGAAUGAAGAAUUUAAUCGUGGACGAGGACUAAAUGUGGGUGCCCGAGCUUGGGACAAGGGAGAGGUCUUGAUGUUUUUCUGUGAUGUUGAUAUAUAUUUCUCAGCCGAAUUCCUUAACAGCUGCCGGUUAAAUGCUGAGCCAGGUAAGAAGGUGUUUUACCCUGUGGUGUUCAGUCUUUAUAAUCCUGCCAUCGUUUAUGCCAACCAGGAUGUGCCACCGCCGGUGGAGCAGCAGCUGGUUCAUAAAAAGGAUUCUGGCUUUUGGCGAGAUUUUGGCUUUGGAAUGACUUGUCAAUAUCGAUCAGAUUUCCUGACCAUUGGUGGAUUUGACAUGGAAGUAAAAGGCUGGGGUGGAGAAGAUGUUCAUCUUUACCGAAAGUACUUACAUGGUGACCUUAUUGUGAUUCGGACUCCAGUUCCUGGUCUUUUUCACCUCUGGCAUGAGAAACGCUGUGCUGAUGAGCUGACCCCCGAACAGUACCGUAUGUGCAUCCAGUCCAAAGCCAUGAAUGAGGCCUCUCACUCUCACCUGGGAAUGCUGGUCUUCAGGGAGGAAAUAGAGACACAUCUUCAUAAACAGGCAUAUAAGACAAACAGUGAAGCCGUUGGUUAAUGUAAUCUGCAACACCUUACAGCCUGAACCACAAACCAGCACUAUUUAUUUAGCCUUAAUUCCAAUUCCAGAUGCAGUGCCUCUUUCAGAGAAGACAUGUUUAUUUUUCAUGUUCUUUCUGACAUUUAUUUUAUUUUAACAGUUCAACCUGAUAUGAAAAGAAAAAACAAGUGUCUCAAUGCAAAGCCUCUGUUUUGUGACAAUACUGCACUAUGGAAUAAUUGUCAAAUUGAAAUCUAAUGUUUUUCGCAAAA